AUGCACAAGAUAUCAAACUUCACCGGCCAGGCACGGCACGGCUGGGAGAAGAUGGCCCCGUCCGCGGGCUUCCCAUUUUCGAGGUCCAACCACGAAAUGCCCGUCACAGCUCCGAUAAAGCGCCCGUCGACGGCCACCAGUGCCCCGCCCGUGAUACCGCCAGGCACGCAGGUCAACCUGUCCUUCAACGUGCCUUUCUCAUCGAACCUUGCCGGGCCCGACCCCGACGACAUCAUGUGGGCAAGCCCGGGGGCGAAGGCACGCUGGACCCAUCCGGAAGGCACGGCAGAGAACACGCCCACGCACAAGCUGCCCGUUCACGCCCAGAAUGUCGACAACCUGCGCAACCUGUGUCGAGACGUGAGCGAGCAGACCGAGGGGCGCGUCCAGGCGACAGUCACGUCCGCCGAGUCCAAGCCGCUGCCCGGCCUACAGCGGGGACCUUUACGCGCACUCGUCACCAACGUGUGCCUGUCUGGCGAGCUGGAGAUUGUCAACUCGAUGCGCUGCAAGGUGCUCAACUCGACGCCCAUCUCUCUGGUACGCCUUCAGCUGGGAACUUCCGUCAUGCACUCGCUAACUCCUUGGCACAGCGCUCAUCACAUGUGGACAUCGACUCGCAACUCAUCAUCGACCCGGCCACCCAGAAUGUCAAGGGACGCCGUGCUGCAGCAGCUCGAUCUCAUCUCCAAGACGACCAAAGCAGACAUCUUCCUGCUGAUGCCGAAGCAGCCGGACAUCGAGUCUGCCAGCUUCAAUGGCAACAUUGACACAGGCAUGGACCCGCGUCUGCGAUGUGCCAUCUUUGGAGAUCUCGAGACAAUGGAGCACGCCAAGACGCGCGUCCUUAUCAUGAUAGAUCAGAUUCUCAAGCGCUAUGUAGACACGAUGAAGCUCGAACUGACCAUGCAUACAUUGAUCUGUGGGCGCGGACGCAAGAACAUCAAGAUGAUCGAGUCUGCCACGGGAACCGCCAUCUACUUCCCCCCGCCCUUUCCUCGCCUGUUCGGCGUACACGCCACCGUGGUGCUCAUACGCAGACCAGACGAUCUGGUCUAUAUCACGGGUGAAACAUCCGAGUCCAUCAUUCGUGCGAAGCAGCGCCUGCACGAUCUUGUCAUGUCUACCAAAGUCUUUGUGAAGCCUGUCAUGAUGACUGACACCAAGCUGGAUGCUAUCCUGCUCGAGCGUCUCGACAAAGUGCGCAAGAUCAUCGAGAACAAUGGCUCUUACAUCUUGUUGCCGCCACUCGGCGUCCAGCGAGGCAUGGUCAGAGUCCAGGGCACCGAUGUCUUGCACGUUGAGCGCACUGUGCGUGAAUUGAUGAUUCUUGCUGGGUCAAUUCUACAGUGCUUCGUGGUUCAUCACUCAUCCUGACCCUACUCAGCGCCCGCCCACCGCAGCCGAUGUGCGCGCUAUGCUUUCCGACAUUUGCAUCAACUCGGGUGCUGAAGUCAGCUUCGAGAAGCUUAAUUUCCAUAUUUAUGGAUCUGACGACGCUGUCAGGGCUGCUUUGAUGGUGAUAAGUAACAUCCCCUUUGUGAAGAAGUCGCAGUACAACAUGAGCGUAAAGAUCGAGCUUGCCAAUGAGCACAAGGAGUUCGUCAGCGGCAAGAAGA